UUGAGUUUGAGAAUACUGCGCAGCAGAUGGGCACGUGGGGACAGGCCGUUGUCAGGCGCGCACCGUGCGCGGUCGUCUACGUGGCGCCGCAGCUGCUGCCCAUGGCGCUAUUGGCUAGCUCCUUGGACGAGUUGGGUGUCGAGACCAUUCGCCUCAUCAUGAUUGUGGUCGUCGCGGUCGCCGCCUUCACGCGAUCGCUCGACGCUGGGCCGUACUUUCUGGCGCAUGGCCUUCUCCACCUGUUGGCCAUGAGCACCGCAGUGCUGCCGCCGCCUGCAGCGUGGCUCCUGCUGUUCAUCCGCGCCAUCCUGUUCCAUGAGGUCGUCGCCAUCGCGCGCUGGCCGCGCAAGUCGUACACGGCCCGCUUCAACACGACCACGGCGAAGCUCGAGGCCUUCUUUCGCUUGCACGACCCAGCGCGGCUCAAAGAGGCGCGUGCUCUCGUACGCGAGUACUUUGGGAAUGAGACCCUCCUCUUUGCAAAACUAGACGACACCUACAUGCGGGCCACGCCCGUUGUCGUGGCGGCGGUACCCCGAGGUUAACCCACGCCUCGCUCAACGCUGUAGCAAGGGUCGGAGAGCACACUUUUUACAUUUGCUUGACCAGAAAGUGGCAACUGAAAUGCAAAAAUGACAAUAAUGUCUUGCGCUCUUUCCGUGUCAAGAUAUAUAUAUAUAUAUAUAAACUACACAUUUCUAUUCGAAA